UUGCCUCAUACACGUAUCAAAAUAAUCCAUCAAAAUUUCAUAAGUUGUAACUUCAGCCGUGCAAACCACAGACUAAUUGCUUCAGCUGAAUACCUUUUGAACUGAUAUAAACUAAAUAAUAGAUACUGAAUACAAAUGUGGAAAAAAAGGGAAAAACUUUGACAAAAUGAAGCGGUUUCGACCAACAGCCGGAAAUAGAAUAAGUUUAUUAGUGAAAAUAUUUGAAAUUUCAACAACUAAAGAAAGGUAAUACAUACUUCAGGUCAAUCAGUUACGUUUACGUCGAAGAGCGAAGAUCUCUUCCAGUUGAUGGCGAAUGCAUUGGUAAAUCAAUGCGUAAUUAAAGGCAAUGUGAAUAUGGAUAUACAAAGGUAUUCACCUGAGUCGCCUAGCGCUGAAAAUUGCGGGACAAAUGGAAGCUAUACAAACCAGCUUGCAGAUACCAUGGCCGAAUUUCGUCGGAAUGGUCAGCUAUGCGACGUUAUAAUUUCCACAGAAGAAAAAGCAUUCCAAGCGCAUAAAAUCAUCCUUGCUGCUAGUUCAUCGUUUUUUCAGAGCUUAUUUACAGUGGAUAUGAGCGAAAAGAACAAACAGACGAUCAAGAUGGACAAUAUUGACCCCGCAACAAUGACUCUUGUUUUGGAUUAUAUAUACACUGGUGUUAUAACGAACCCGAACUCUGAUGAUGCUAGAGAAUUAUACCUCGCUGCGGACUAUCUAAUACUACCGGGGUUGAAGCACAAGGCAGUAGAAAUCAUGGUUGAAGCUCUAAGCCCGGAGAAUUGCCUCCGUACGCUGGUUUGGUCCCACAGAUUUUCAAGCCGUGCGCUGUUUACGCACACAUUUCGAUUCAUAUUGGAUAACUUUAACAGCGUCUCACGCACGGCUGACUUUGUAAAACUCUCCGCUAGAGAUUUAAAGCUCUUGCUUUCUUGCAACAAUCUACGUGUUCCAGACGAAGAGGUUGUUUAUGAAGCUUUGAAGCGCUGGUGUGAAGAGAAAUCCGACGAAAGGUGGACUCAAUUUGCCGAAUUGUUUAAGUUAAUAAAACUUGAACACCUAUCGGGUUACUACAUUGAGAAUACUAUCCAAGAUGAUGUCUUAGCACUGCCCGAUGAAGAAGUUCGCUUCGAAAUCUUGGAAACUAUAACGGAGUAUACAGUUUCGGAGAAUUUGGAACAUUCCACAAUCAACCCGCUUGCGCCACCAAGACGCCAUAUUGCCAUGGUUACUUGUGUGCUUACUCCGGAUGUAUACGCAUACAUUCCGACCAGUAAAGAAUGGUUAGAAAUGGCCGCAGUGCCCACACCGAGAAUUUUUAGUUCCUCAGCCAUUUUCAACGGUCUGGUUUAUAAUGUUGGCGGCCUAGCUUCAAGUGAUGAUAGUUCGAAUGUGGUAGAAUGUUUCGACCCCUCCGCCAACUCGUGGCUCUCCAAAGCCUCGUUGCCAGUCCCCACUCGAGCUGCGGCAGUGAAAGUACUGGACGGUUUUCUUUACGUUGUGGGUGGAAGAAGUAACAGCGUCCGCUUUAAUAUCGUACAGCGGUACGAUCCAUGUAAAGACAACUGGACCUUAGUGACUUCAUUACACGAGGAACGUAGCGGAGCUUCUUUGGUCAGUUGCCAUGGAAACCUAUACGCCAUUGGUGGUCGGAAGGACGAAAACACAUUUCUACGAUCGGUCGAAUGUUACAGCCCAUCUCAAAACACGUGGACACUGACCACGCCCAUGAAUGUUGCACGAGCAUCAUCGGCUGCUGCUUACAUCCAGGAUAAGAUCUACGUCAUUGGUGGAGUGCGCGCCCCUGGUGUAUCCCACAAUUCAUGUGAAACUUAUGACACGACCCUUGACCAAUGGAACAUGAUUUCUAGCAAUAUCGUACCCAGGUCCUAUGCGGGCAUUGCGGCAUUCGACACGACCCUACUAAUAUGCGGCGGUGAGGACAGCGGUAAUUUCCAUGAUACAGUCGAGUGUUAUGACAUUGAAAAAGACCGAUGGGAGAUUGUGGACAAAAUGCCGAGGGCAGAGAAGUUCGUAGACUGUUGCCCGAUGUUCAUAUCGAAAGAUUUAUUGCCAAUAUUUCCUUGCGUGAAGUCUGACUUUUCAUAAAACUCGAUUGCUCAACUCACUCUCAACAUUGAGAAAGCUGAAUGUUCUUAAAAAGAACAAAGAGUGGAAAUGAGCCUGUGACUGCAUGAAAAUGCUUGACACGAUACUGUGCUACCAACAGUAUUUAGGUACAGAAUAGUGAGAAUACCUGUAUGCCCCCAAAAAAUACAAAUAAAAAUGUGUUUUUAA